AUGGACUUCAAUCACAACGCCGAUAAUUCCUCAUCUUUUGACUAUGAGGUGUCUCCAUGUCGCAAUGGAGGCAUCCGUCUGAAGAGUACAGCUCACCUUGGCACAUAUUGGAAGUACAUGGCUGAUAGUUCUUGGGUAUUGUUAAAGCAGGCUUCCACCACAGUCCAUGACUGCAACACCGUAUUUUUACCCACGAAACUUGGUGACAACCGCAUUAUCAUGAAAUGUUUGGAGAAUGGAAAGUACUGCAAUAGACACGAGAACUGCCUCGCCACACUUAAUACGUGGCCCGACGAUUGGAGUACCAUGGAGAUUGAGGAGCCCGUUAUCUCAAGGAAAAUCGAUAACGUCAGAUAUCACUUUACUGAUGGAAGGCGUUACGAUGAGAAAACUGUUGCACUUAUUACUGAUGAUUCUAUCAACAGAACUCGACAUCCCUUAACGUCAGAAAUAAAUCUCAAGACAACAGUUUCUGAUACAACCAAUUGGAGUAACAGUGUCGGGUUGAAAGUGGGUGUCGAGAUGAGUAUUGCUGCUAGUGUCCCAUUGGUAUCUGAAGCUAGCUUUACGAUUUCCACUGAGGUUUCUGGAUCUUGGGACUGGGGGGAGACGCAGACAAAAAGCCAGGAAGUGGGGUCUGUGAGAACUAUCAUUGUGCCACCUAUGACUAUAUUGAAGGCGAGUCUGAUGGCAACACGGUGUUCGUGCGACGUACCAUACUCUUACACUCAGCGUGACGUCUUGAAAAAUGGGAGUACAAAAGUUUCUGAAAAGAACGAUGGCCUUUUUACUGCCCACAAUGGCUACGGCUAUCAGUACGAGGUUGUCGAACUUCCUCUUGAGUAA